UACGUCGCUCUCUGACGCCGCGAAGCCGCCGCCAGGAGCUAAGAUGGCGGCAUCAGCCACAGGGGUCGCCGGGUGGCUAAGGUGGGCCGUUCGAAAUUCGCCUUCAUGGCCAGGUUGCUGCCGACGGCCGCUGUCCACCCAGCCCCCUCCAACCCGAGGCUCGGCUGUGCGAGACGCCUUCCUGAGCUUCUUUCGCGAUCGCCAUGGCCACCGCUUGGUGCCCUCUGCUUCUGUGCGGCCGCGCGGCGACCCCAGCCUGCUUUUCGUAAACGCGGGCAUGAACCAGUUCAAGCCCAUCUUCCUGGGCACUGUGGACCCACGAAGCGAGAUGGCUGGCUUCCGACGUGUGGCCAACAGCCAGAAGUGUGUGAGGGCCGGAGGACGCCACAACGACCUGGAGGAUGUGGGCCGAGACCUAUCCCACCACACCUUCUUUGAAAUGCUUGGCAAUUGGGCCUUCGGGGGUGAAUAUUUCAAGGAGGAGGCUUGCAGCAUGGCCUGGGAACUGCUGACUCAAGUCUACGGGAUCCCUGAAGACAGGCUGUGGGUCUCCUACUUUGGUGGUGAUCCCAAGGCAGGACUGGACCCAGAUCUGGAGAGCAGGGACAUCUGGCUCAGCUUAGGGGUGCCUGUCAAUCGUGUGCUUUCUUUUGGACCACAAGAGAACUUCUGGGAGAUGGGGGACACUGGCCCCUGUGGGCCUUGUACUGAGAUCCACUAUGACCUGGCCGGUGGGAUGGGAGCUCCUCAGCUGGUGGAGCUUUGGAAUCUGGUCUUCAUGCAGCACAACAGAGAGGCCAACGGAAGUCUGCAGCCCCUGCCCCAGCGGCACGUGGACACGGGAAUGGGCCUGGAGAGGCUGGUGGCCGUGCUACAAGGCAGGCACUCCACCUACGACACUGACCUCUUCUCCCCACUGCUCCAUGCGAUACAUGAGGGCUGUGGGGCACCCCCUUACUUGGGCCGGGUGGGGGCAGCGGAUGAGGGACACACAGACACAGCCUACCGUGUGGUGGCCGACCACAUCCGCACACUCAGUGUCUGCAUCGCCGAUGGUGUCUCCCCGGGGAUGUCAGGUGCACCGCUGGUUCUUCGCCGGAUUCUCCGUCGAGCUGUGCGGUUCUCCAUGGAGGUGCUUCGGGCACCACCUGGCCUCUUAGGCAGCCUGGUGCCGGUGGUAGUGGAAAUACUGGGAGAUGCAUAUCCAGAACUGCAGAGGAACUCAGCCCAGAUAGCCAGGCUGGUGUCAGAGGAUGAGGCGGCCUUCCUGGACUCCCUGCAGCGGGGCCGGCGCAUCAUCGACCGCACCCUGAAGCGUCUGGGGCCUUCUGAUCUGUUCCCUGCUGAGGUGGCCUGGUCCUUGUCGAUGGCUGGGGACCUGGGGCUCCCCCUGGACCUAGUGGAGCUGAUGCUGGCGGAGAAGGGUGUGCAGUUGGACUCUGCAGGGCUGGCACAGCUGGUGGAGGAGGAGGCCCAGCUUCGGGCCUACCAGGCUGAACCAGCUCAGGAGCAGAGACUGCGCCUUGACGUCCAUGCGCUUGCGGAGCUGCAGCACCGUGGGGUGCCCCCCACCGAUGACAGCCCCAAGUACGGCUACUCCCUACAGCCCACUGGGGACUAUGAGUUCGGCCCCUGUGAGGCCCAGGUGCUGCAGCUGUACACAGAGGAGGGGGCUGCUGUGGCCACCGUGGGGCCAGGCCAGCGCUGCGGUCUCCUUCUGAACAAGACCAACUUCUACGCUGAACAAGGCGGCCAGGCUUCAGAUCGGGGCUAUCUGGUGCGGGCAGGGCAACAGGAUGUGCUGUUCCCCGUGGCCCGGGCCCAGGUCUGGGGAGGCUUUGUCUUGCACGAGGUGCUGGCCCCCGAGCACCUGCAGGUGGGGGACCAGGUGCAGCUACACGUGGAUGAGGCCUGGCGUCUGGGCUGCAUGCAAAAGCACACGGCUACCCACCUGCUGAACUGGGCACUGAGGCAGACUCUGGGACCCAGCACGGAGCAGCGGGGCUCCCACCUCAACCCCGAAAGGCUGCGCUUCGACGUGGCCACCCAGGCCCCUCUGACCCCAGAGCAGCUGAGGACAGUGGAGGGCACCGUGCAGGAGGCCGUGCAGCAGGAUAAGCCUGUGUACAUGGAGGAGGUCCCCCUGGCGCUUACCACCUGCGUCCCUGGCCUGCGCUCCUUUGAUGAGGUGUACCCAGACCCUGUGCGUGUGGUGUCGGUUGGGGUACCUGUGGCUUGUGCCCUGGACCCCAUGUCCCAGGCUGCACUGCAGGCCUCCGUGGAGCUCUGCUGUGGGACGCACCUGCUUCGCACAGGGGCUGUGGGGGACCUGGUUAUUGUUGGAGAGUGCCAGCUCACCAAGGGCACCACCCGCCUGCUGGCCGUCACCGGGGAGCAGGCCCAGCAGGCCCGAGAGGUGGGCGAGAACCUGGCCAGGGAGUUUGAUGCAGCCACAGAGCGUCUAAGUCAGGGCACCAGGCACCUCGAGGAGGCUCAGCGUCUGUCCAAGGAUGUAGGACGACUCACAAAGGCCGUGGACGGUGCUGUGAUGCCCCAGUGGCAGCGGAGGGAGCUGCAGGCCAGGCUGAAGUUGCUGCAGCGCCGCGCCAACACCACUAUCCGCAAGCUGGAGCUCGGUCAGGCUGCUGAGAAGUCCCAGGAGCUGCUGAGGCGGCAUAAAAAGGGCCCUCUGAUCGUGGACACCGUCUCUGUUGAGUCCCUCUCGGUGCUGGUGAAGGUGGUGCGGCAGUUGUGUGAGCAUGCCCCAGGCACCUCCGUGCUCCUCCUCAGCCCCCAGCCAGUAGGCAGCAUCCUGUGUGCCUGCCAGGUGGCCCAGGGCACCACACCUACCUUCACAGCAGAGGCCUGGGCCCUGGCUGUGUGCAGCCCCAUGGGAGGCAAGGCCUGGGGCUCGCGUGUGGUGGCCCAGGGCACCGGAAGCGCCGUGGACCUGGAUGCUGCCCUUAGUGCAGCCCAAGCCUACGCCCUCAAACAGCUCUGACCCUAGCCCUCCAGGGACCUACAGGGACUAAGCACUUGGCGCCCUGGAGGAGCCCCACGACCUCCCAGAGGCCCAGUUGUUGAGCCGAAGGAGACCACCUGUCACCUGACACAAGGAGACAGACUGGGGACACAGAAGUGGCCCAGAAGCGUCACUCACAACAAAUGUGAAACAUGACUACCAGGGCUAUGACUGCUUAUUAAAGUGGACUGCACAGAGGACA